AACGUUUCCUCUUUUUCUUUUCCAACCACAUGCUGUUACUACACAUAAACUGCACAGAGAAGCCACAGACAAACCACCUCAACUCACUCUGCUGUGAAAGUUAAUCCUCCACCUUACUGCCAGCGUUUCACAACAGCUGCUUCACAGACACACGAGGUGGAGAAGAUCUGUACGAUCGAACCAAUCGGAGCGUGAACCAACAAGGACCUGCCAAUCUAAGUCUCCCUAUAGUUUAUUGCUCAGAUCCGAUGAAUAAUGUCUUCCAGUAAGCCCCGUGAGUCAUGUUGAAGUUGUGAUAGUUGCAGUGAGGGUGUGCCCGGGCUGCUGCUAAUACUACUACGGCGAGCAGGAUGGGCCAAACGCGCUCGGGUCUCUCGCAGAGCGGCGCCGGCGCAGUGACGUGGAGAUCCGGCGAGACCACGGCCAGACGGCUCCGCAUGAUCCGCACACCGAGGCUCAGACACAAGCAGCCGAACAAAAACCCCAUGAAAAACAAAGUGCUGUCCUGCUUGGGAAGGAGAAAGCGCAACUCGAGCCAGAGCGAAUCGGAUCCGGGUUGCGGAAACGCAGCAGCAGCCGCGGAUCCGGCUGCGCUCCGCGGCCGCAGGGCGGGGAAGUUGCCCCGGGACGAGGCUCUGUCGGCGGACGCGGGGUGCGGGGACACGCCGGUCGGCCCCGGGGGUCGCCAUGCCUCGGACCCCCCGGCCAGCACCAUGGAAGAGCAGCCGCGGGGGGGAGCAGCACCGAGCCCUGAUCCCGCUGUAGUCACCUCUGACCCGGACACUGAACGGACUCACUGGGGGGAUCAGGAGACUGAGGGAGAGAUGACUAAAACCAGUGAAACUGAGCCCCGCCAGGGCGGCCAGGGCUUCCCGGGGACCAUCCCCAAGCUCAUCAUCACCAGAGACCCCAGCCCCAGCCGGGCCCGGCAGGACCCGCCGGCCCUGCCGGUCCUGCUGGCCGGCACCGGCUCGUGUCUGGACCCGCACCCGGACGACGAGUCGCCCUGCUCGGACAGCGGCUGCGGGGGCUCCCCGGCCCCGGGGCGCUGCUCCAGGAAGCUGUCCAGCUGCUCGUCCAUCGGCCUGUCCUCCGCCUCGUCCUUCGAGGAGUCCGAGGACGACCUGGCCAGCAGCGACCUGGAGUCCAUGGGGCUGGCCCUGGGCAGCCCGGACAGCACCGGGAAUAAGCCCUGGCACAAGUUGAAGACCAUGGUUCACUGUUCCCCCUCAGUCGGGUCCCGCAAGAAGCGUUACCCGUGGGUGCAGCUGGCCGGCCAUGCAGGUAACUUCCUGGCCGGAGAAAAUGGGUAUGUGCUGAAAAGAUACUGCGAGAGUGAGCAGCAGUGCCUGCAGAAGCUAAUGAAGGACUCUCUGCGGCGCUUUGUGCCUGGCUACUACGGCGUGGAGCAGAGAGACGAUCAGGACUAUAACAAGAUGGAGGACCUGCUGGCUGACUUUGACUCGCCCUCCAUCAUGGACUGUAAGAUGGGCUGCAGGACAUACUUGGAGGAGGAGCUGACAAAAGCCAGAGAGCGUCCACGUCUGCGAAAGGACAUGUAUGAGAAGAUGGUUGAAGUGGACCCCGGGGCCCCUACAGAGCAGGAGCGGGCUCAGCAGGGGGUCCUCAAACCUCGCUACAUGCAAUGGAGGGAGACGCUGAGCUCCACCGCCACCAUGGGCUUCCGCAUUGAAGGCAUUAAGAAGGCUGAUGGAACUUGUAACACCAGCUUUAAGAAGACAAAACACAAAGAGCAAGUGAUGCAGGCUUUGAAAGACUUUGUCGAUGGCGGUGCUAACCUUUUGAAACUCUACCUGCAGCAGCUGGAGCAACUGCGUGUGGUCCUUGAGCAGUCACACUUCUUCAAGACACAUGAGGUCGUGGGCAGCUCCAUUCUGUUUGUGCACGACGCCACUGGGACCGCCAGAGUGUGGAUGAUUGACUUUGGAAAGACUGCCCCGCUGCCGCCUCCUCUGACCCUGGACCACAGGACUCCCUGGACGGAGGGCAACAGGGAGGACGGUUAUUUGUGGGGACUGGACAACCUCAUAGACAUCUUCAAGAGUGAGCUCUCUCAGAUGCCCUGAAGAGGGACACACGACUUGGAGAACCCCAGGAAAAAAAAAGAUGUCUAGUUGUUCAAGAGUGAGGGGAGAUUAUGCAAACGAAGACUGGAGGACUCGUGUGAAGACACGCCAGUUUGAUUCUCUUUUUCUGGUCUUUUUUUUUUAAAGAACCUCACUGUUAUCUAAGUGUCUUAAUAAUCCACUUAUACCUACCAAUGUGACUACUGGAAACAAGUGAAAAGCAUGAUUUCUUCAGAAAAUGCUCAAAGUUAAGAUGAGGUAUGUGGAGUUUGGGACGCAGGUGACAUGACAUGAGAUGUGAGGAAAGAACUUUAAAGAACUUUUAAAGAACAAGUGCAACUUUUGUCACGUGGGAUGUGGCUUAUUUUCUGAGAAUUCAAACUAUGAACUAAUGGAAACAAAAGAAACCACACUAUCUCCCUCCUCAACAGCUCCCUCUCUUGCAUGCUGCUGCAUACAGCAGUUGUCUCAUAACUUUGAAUAUGAUUGACUGGAAACGUUAUUUUUUUAUUUUUUAAACAGCCUUUCAGAGGCAUUGGGAAAUAGAAAACUUCUCUUAACAUUGAGGGGUUAUGAUGUUCAACAAUACGGUAACACUAAAACACUUUUAGUAACUAACUUUGGUUUGUAAAUACAGCUUAAUUUAAUGUUUAUUUUAUUUGUAUUUUUUUUUUUGGACUUGCAAUAACCUGCUGACCAUCUUUGUACAAUUUUUGUGCCUGGCGUUUUUACGAUAGAGGUGUUUGAUCAUUCCAGUGCAGAAAACUCCUGUGAUUAUCCCUCAAAAUAGUACACCUAAGUAUAAACUAACUUGAUCUUAUCCCAAAGUUAUGCUUCUACUAAAAACUGUUUUCUUAAUUAGAAUUUUUUUAUGCUAUUAUACAGUGAAUGUUUUUGUUUUUUUAAUUAUUAUUAUUGUACAGUAAGCAGCUUAGCAGCUGUGUUUCUUUGGAAUUUGUUGCACUAUAGAUCCUCACAAAGCCAUCGAACAAAACAAGCAGUGCCUCCGUGUGUCUUAAGUUAGGAAGCAGCAUUGAGGAGCUGAGCUUACGGUUCAACAUUAAUUUAAUGAGUUAAACAUCUCUGAGAAAUGUUGCUUCAGGGGGGUUUAACAGUAAAACAGUGGCGUGAAGAUCAAGAUCAAACUGGAAUUAAUUGAUUUUUAAAAUGAGUCUUUUUAGGCUUCUGAACGAUUUCACAUGGUUUUCAAACUGGAAAGCAACUUAGGGGAUGAUUGACAACAUGAAUUCAAGAUGCUAGGUUUCAUCACACUACACCAAGUGUUUGUGGUCAGAGUUUUAGGAUUCAAGUUUACUAGGAAGCAAACACUGUUUAAUUUGAAUUUAAGUGCAGUGUUUGUGAGCAUAUUUGUCAUUCCCAUGCUGGGUUGUGGAGAGACAGUUAAAGUUCAGACUUGCAGAGGUUUUGUGUGUGUGUGUGUGUGUGUGUGUGUGUGUGUGUGUGUGUGUGUGUGUGUGUGUGUGUGUGUGUGUGUGUGUGUGUGUGUGUGUGUGUGUGUGUGUGUGUGUGUGUGUGUGUGUGUGUGUGUGUGUGUGUGUGUGUGUGUGUGUGUGUGUGUGUGUGUGUGUGUGUGUGUGCUGGUGAUUCACACAAAUUUCCUUUUAGUGCUACACACAUCUGACAUCAAAUUGGCUGUUAAAUUUAGAAAUUCUGAUUUUUUUUUUUUUUUGGUCAUCUUUUAUAGCUAAACAUAACAGGGAAGAGGAAUAUAUGCGUUUACAAAAUGUGAUUUGCCCAUAAAUUCUCUAUAUUUUUAAUGAGGCAAACCAUCAGGUUUUCAAAGGGUGUGCUGCUUUUCUCAGCAAAGAAAACUGGAUAUGGGCGAUGUUUUGUAUUUCAAAGCAGUGUGUUUUACAGUUGCAAAACAGAAUGGUGGAAACUGUUAAUAAAUCCCUGUUUUGUCAAGGUCAUGGAUUGCAAUAAAUUUGAGUUUAAGUUUUCA